AAAAUAUUACGAUUCAAGUUUUAUUCAGUAUACAGUUAUAGCCUAAUCAUGAAGUUAGGGAUAUUUGUAUUACUGGUAAAAUUUAUGACUUUGGCGUUAUGUCAGGAAAAUCAAGAGGAGAGAAUAAAAAACGGACAAGACGUAACUGGAGGAGACUUUUCAUUUGCAGUAAAGUUGCAACUUAAUAACAAACACGUUUGCAAUGGUAUACUUGUUGAUAGCAAAUGGGUGGUUACUCUGAAAAAAUGCGUCGAUAAAAAGAAAGUAUCACAGUAUAGAGUGCACAUGAGUUCUUCACAAAGCAAGGGUAUAGAAGUAAUGCGUGAAGUCAAUAAACUUGAGGUUCCAGACAAGAAAAAUAACGAUGUUAUAAUGUUGGAGCUUAACAAGGAAGUUGAUGAAAGUAAAGAUAAAGUGACAGCUUUAGAUCGUUUUAGUACAUCUAAACUUGACAAGAAAAUGACAAAUUGCAAAGCAGUUGGCUUUACUGAAAAUGGGAAGCGUCAAAGUGAGGUAGCUGUUUCAUUAAAGUGGAACAAAUGCAAAGGAAAAGGGACGCUUUGUUUUGGUACGAAAACAGGAUCAGUUUGUAAGGUUGACAAUGGAUCCCCGGUAGUCUGUAAAUAUCAGUCAAAAUGGUACCUCACGGGAUCAUCAUUCGUCAACAAAAAGUGCAGCAAUAAAAACAUCAAAGGAUUUAGACUAUCGUACUACAGCAGUGCUAUAAAGAAAGUUGUGAAGGACAGCGAAGUAAUAGGAUGUGGAACCGCUCCGAAUAUUGACAACGCAAAUGUUCUUUUGUCUAAUAGCAGUACAGACAUUGGGGCUCGGGCUGACGUGAGUUGUUUCCAGGGAUACACUUCAAACAAAACCGUUCUUAAUUGCCUAGAGUCCCGUAAAUGGGAAACAACCGAAUGUACAGCAAUAGAGUCAGAGGAUUACGUAGUUCGCCUACCACUGGACUUUGACCCAUUACUGUAUGCUAUCGAAUUAAAACCUGACAUCUACAAUAAUGUUGAACCUGAAGAGUUUUCUUUUACUGGAUCUGUGACGAUAAAAUUGAAUUGUUUGAGCGACACUAGUAUCAUUACUUUAAAUAUAAAUAGGCUUUCAAUAGAGGGACCUAUCGUUGUGAAUCUCGAGGGCAGCUCUGAGAAUUUGUACCAGAAACAUGUGAUUGAGAAAGAGCUACAGUUUUUAUACAUCUUGACAAACCAAUAUCUUAAGGCGGGUGGAAAGUAUGUGCUCAGCAUAAACAAAUUUGAUGGAUUUUUAGGAGCCACCAGUGAUGGAUUCUUUUAUGCUUAUGAUGAAGAAGAUGGUAACAAAGUGUAUUUUGCCGCAACCCAGUUUCAACCGAUAUCCGCAAGGAAAGCGUUUCCAUGCUUCGAUGAACCAGCGAUUAAAUCCCGAUACGACAUUACUCUUGUUAGGAAGAAAUCUGUGUCAUCGUUAUCCAAUAUGCCACUUUCUAAUUCGACUAAUAGAGCCAAUGGUUGGAUAGCAGAUACAUUUGAGAGAACGCCAAAGAUGUCUGUGUACCUUUUAGCUUUCUUUGUUGGUAACCAUGAGCAUCUGGAAAAGACGACUGCAAAUGGAGUCAUAUUUCGCACAUGGUCAAAACCUAGUGCUAUCAAUAAAACAACUUACGCUCUAGAUGUUGGUGUAAAGAUGCAAGAGUUCUUCGCAGAUUACUUCGCAGUAUCCUACCCAUUACCAAAGCAAGACAAUAUUGCGAUAUCAAACUACCAAUCGGGUGGAAUGGAGAAUUGGGGAUUGAUAGUUUAUGCUGACAAUUUGAUGCUAGUAGACCUGGACAAGGAUUCCCUCAAGUCAAUAGAAACAGCAGCAAGCAUUGUGUCGCACGAGGUUGCCCAUACGUGGGUUGGUAAUUUAGUGACGACUCACUGGUGGGAUGAUAUUUGGUUGAAUGAAGGAUUUGCAAGAUUUUACCAAUAUACUGGCGUAGAUUUUGCCCAUCCAGACUGGAACAUGUGGGACAAGUUCAUCAAAGAUAUACUACAUAGUGUUUUACUUGUUGAUGGAAACCCAAGAUGGACACAUCCUCUUCACAAUCCUGUGUACAAACCAAAGGACAUAAACAAAAAUAUAUUUGGUUUAAUUCCGUAUAAUAAGGGUGCAGCAGUAAUACGUAUGUUGAGUUUCAUGGUUGGUCAAAACACAUUUCAAAACGGAAUGAAAAGAUAUAUAAAAGACAACAGUUACAAAGCAGUGACUAAUGAUGAUCUUUAUUCUGUUAUGGAAGAGCAAGCUAAAGCUGACGGAAGGAGUAUAACAAACAUAAAAGAAAUAAUGGACACGUGGGUUCUACAGAUGACUUAUCCUUUGGUCAAUGUUGAAUUUACAGUACAAGGAAGAUAACACUGACACAGGAAAGAUACAACGGGAAUCCUGGGGGAGAGGAUCCUGGGGAUUUUGUAUCACCUUACGGAUACAAGUGGAAUAUUCCAUUCGCAUAUACCACAAGUAAGGAGAAAAACUUUAAUGUCAAAAGCAAGGAUAUUACGAUACUGCCUUUAGGCAAAAAGAAAG